UUUAGUUUCUUGCGAGUUAUAAGUUAAUUUUGUAAUAUUUCAGAUUAUAAAUAAAAAUUCUUAUGUAGCUUUUAAUAUCCAAAAUGUUUAAACAUUUAGUAAUUUGUUACAUAUUCUUUAUUUGCUUGAUUCGAGGAAAACUGAUACCUCCAGUUAAUACUGAAACUAGAACAACAUUUCCGAUUGUAUCAGCUCUAUCAGAGAACAACAAAAAUGUUAUGCAUAAGGAAUUAAGUGAAGCUGGGUCAAAAACAAUUAUUAACACUGUCACUUUGCCUAGUAAUGAUAUGGCUCUCUUAAAUUUAGAAAAAAAUAUAAGUGUGACUAAGGCAACAUCUGUGGUUGCAAGAAAAGGAGUCAAUUACGAUGAUGGCAUCAAAAGCCAAGAACAAAAAUUGCCCUCUGAUAUGCCUACUCUUCAGGUAUCUAAUAAAACCAAUAAACCUGAUCUAGUACAGAAGGAAAACACAGUUUUAAAUAAGACAAUUAUACUUGGAGAUGAUGUACAAAAAUUAAAUAUUACAAAAAUACACAAGCCUUUACUGGUAUCUUCUGAAGCAAUUGAAAAAAUAGACAAAAUUAACAAUGUGAAUGUUGAUGAUAAUAUCCUUAGUACUAAAGCUCAUGUGGUCAAGGCUGGAAGCCACCCUGAAAUUAUUCUGCCUAUAGUAAUAACAAUUUUGGUUGUUCCUAUGUUUGCAAUAGUGGGCUAUAUGGCACUUAAAAGGGGUCAAGAGGCUUGGAAUAAUAGGCACUACAAAAGAAUGGAUUUCCUUCUUGAUGGGAUGUACAAUGACUAAAUAUAAAAUGCUAAAAGAAAAGUAAAUGUGACACAGAUUAGUUGAAUCGUGCCAAUACAUAUUGCAGCAAUUCAAUUACAGUAGUUUAGGAUAAUAUACAUAAUGUGAUUUGACAACAUGUUGUAGUGUGUGUGAUAAUCAAAAGUAAAAUUAAGAUGUAAGUUUAAAUUUAAGAUGUAAGUUUAUUAAGUCUUACAUCUUAAAUUUAAACAAAAAUAAUCCAACCCACAUUGACCUAGUUUCUAUAUAUUUAGGGCCUUAUAAAGAAAUGUGGUGAAAUAUUAGAAUAUUUAUGAAGUGUUUUUCAUGCUGACAUUACAAAGAUGUUAUCAGUUAAAGUGUGACAAAACACUCUAUAACUGUUGCAAUUUUAUGCCCCAUUUAUUAUUUAUAAGGCCAUAAAUGUCUCAAAACAAUGUAGGUUGGAUCCUUUUUGUUUAACAAGGUCCAUUUUAUCCAACCUGCCUACUUACAUUUGAUCAGCAUUGAGAGCCUAAGCUGUAAAUUGCACAUUUCUAAUAGGUAGGUUGGCUGUGCAACUGUGGGACAUUAAUAAGUUGAGGAUGAUGACCAUCAUCAUCAGAGUUAAAUCCAAACAUACAAAAAAUGAGCCUGUGAUUAAAAGAUGAUGUUUGGAAGUUAUAGACUUUGUUAACAAGUUAACCGAUUUAUAUCAUUUAAUAAGGGUAAAAUAUACAUAAUUUCAUAAUUAUCUAUGCCAACAUUAACAUUCAACCUAGGUCUUGGGAUCCAGACUUGCAUGCAAGUUAACCAUCAAGCUUUGUGUUGUUCAAUGGGUUGAAACCACUUUUCCAGUCUCGGUACGGACCAAUUAAAAUUAUAUCCAAUAUCAAAAACUAUUUU